AUGACGAUAGAACGAAAGCUGCCCAUCCGUAUCCUGACCCAUAACAUUCGAUAUGCGACCUCAUCGCCGUUUAAAGGAGAACUGCCAUGGGAAGAUCGCAGGCAACACCUCAUCAAUGAGCUGCAGUACAAUACGCGAAACCAAGAUGCCUUCAUCUGCCUACAGGAGGCUCUUCAUCCUCAGCUUCUUGACGUCCUCUCUGGACUAAACCACACUACCAUCACGAAAAAUCCACCCUGGGAAUAUAUUGGAGUUGGUAGGGAUGAUGGCAAAGAGGCCGGCGAAUACUCUCCUAUAUUAUACCGUCCUUCAGUUUGGCAGCUUGGACACUGGGAAACCGUCUGGCUAUCGGAAACGCCCCAAGUGCCCUCCAAGAGCUGGGAUGCUUCAUCGAUUCGCAUCGUCACCAUUGGUGUGUUCACUCACCGUGCCAGCCACCAAACUAUCCUUGCAAUGAACACCCACCUGGACGAUCAAGGAUCCCAUUCCCGACUCCAAGCUGCACACAUCAUUCUCAAGAAGAUCCACGACUACAAGACGGGUGAACUGGGAGAUCACAUUGCAGGUAUCUUCCUUGCUGGGGAUUUGAACAGCGAAGUGACCCAAGAAGCGUAUAUGGCCUUGACGACACCUGAAUCACCCCUGGUCGACGCGGGGGAACUGGUGAGCCCAAAGGAGCAUUAUGGCAACCAGAUCACGUAUACCGGGUUUGGGUAUGAGGAAGAACCCCCUUCACGCAUUGACUACAUUUUCCUAGGCCCUGGGCGCAACAAGGUUCUUGCCAGCGGCACUCAGCCAUGGAAGGUCGAAGGGUAUGCAGUGCUGGCGAAUCGGUUUGACGACGGAGUGCUCAACUCGGACCAUCGAGCGGUCAUCACGGAUGUUGCGUUAGUAAACUAG